AUGGCAUACCCCUCGCACGGCUAUCCUCCGCGGUCAUACUAUGACUAUCCUCCCGAAUCGUAUCGGCCAUCUCGACGGUCACCUAGCUACGACUACGAAGAACCGAUUCGAGAUGAUUCUCCUCGCCACAGCCGUGAUCUAGUGAGAGGCCACAGGCAUCACAAUUACGACGACCACCGUGACCGCCGUCACCAUCAUCAUGAUCACGGCCAUCAUGGCCACCAUGGCCACCACGAUCACGAUCACGACCGGCAUCGCCGAGAUAGCCACGGCAAAGAUCCCCACCACAAAGAGCACCUAGCCGAGGGUGCGAUUGCAGCCGCCGCCGCAGCGGAACUGGCACACAAAUAUCGCAAGAAGGAAGGGGAGGAUGUGAGCUCUGGGUGGGGGGCAUUUCGCCCGCACAGUCGGUGCCGGAGCUCUCGGAGCUGUGGCGGUUAA